AUGGUUGGCCAACCGCCUCUUACCGGCCUCAAGGUCCUAGAGUUUGCCGGUCUAGCUCCAGGUCCCUUCGCCGGCCUCCUCCUCUCCGACGCCGGCGCCUCCGUCCUGCGCAUCGACCGCGCCGUCUCCGGCCCCGUGGCCCAACAAGUUCCCGACCAACUAACCCGCCACAAAUCCUCCCUGGUAGUCGACCUCAAGUCCCCUUCCGGCAUCUCCCUGAUCAAAUCCCUAGCGCGCGUCUCAGACGUGCUCAUUGACCCCUACCGCCCCGGCGUCUUAGAAAAGCUCGGUCUAGGCCCCUCCGUCCUCUGCAGCGACGAAUGCAACCCCCGCCUCAUCUACGCUCGCCUAACCGGCUUCCGGCGCGACGGCCGCUUCGCCCACAUGGCCGGGCACGACAUCAACUACCUUGCCGUAUCAGGCGUUCUUAGUAUGCUAGGCCGCAAGGGCGAGAAGCCGACGCCGCCGAUUAACAUCCUGGGCGACUUCGCGGGCGGCGGAGCCGUGCUGUUCCAGGGCAUCCUGCUUGCGCUGGCGGCGCGCGAGAGGACGGGCAAAGGGCAGGUGGUGGAGGCGAAUAUCGUCGACGGAGCGAGUUACCUAGCCAGUUUCAACCGGUUCGCGCUGAAGACGGCGGUGGGCAACGCGCCGAGGGGCGAGAACUUGCUGGAUACGGGGUGUCCUUAUUAUGAUACUUACGAAACUAAAGAUGGGAAGUAUAUGGCUGUUGGCGCGUUGGAGCCGCAGUUCUUUAGGGAGUUGAUCAAGGGGUUGGGGCUGGAGGACGGAAAAGCGUGGGAGGCAAAGAGAGGAGACAAAGAAAAUUGGCCUGAGCUGAGGAGGUUGAUGGAGCAGAGGUUUAAGACCAAGACGAGGAGGGAGUGGGAGGAUAUAUUUGACGGGACGGAUGCGUGCUGCACGGCGGUCUUCGAGUAUGGCGAGAUGGAGAGGGAGAGGGAGAGGCUGGAAGGCGAUCAGAGGCCGGUGGUCACGCUUAGGGAGACGCCAUGCUUGGCGGUACGGAGCGAUGCGAAGGAUGCUAGCCAUGGGCAGGGGCCGGGCGUUAAGGGGGAGGCGUAUGUGGGAAUUCCGCUGAAGCCUGGAAAGGGAGGCGAGAGUGUCGUGGAGCAGUGGCUUGGUUGGAAAAAGGGUAAGGAGUUCGAUGUCGUAGAUGGGAGCGCUGUCGUCAAGUCUAAGCUAUGA